GCGCGAGUGUCAGGAACAGGAAGUGAAAGCGGCUGCUGCUGAGUGCUUGAAGCACGGGCACUUUCUUCAGAAACUUCGGCUGCCUCUGACGGCUCCGGUGCUUUGAAAGAUGGACAGCCAAGGAAGAAAAGUGGUGGUUUGUGAUAACGGAACAGGGUUUGUCAAGUGUGGUUAUGCCGGAUCCAACUUCCCAGAGCACAUCUUCCCAGCACUGGUGGGCCGUCCCAUCAUCCGAUCCACAACUAAAGUGGGCAACAUUGAGAUUAAGGAUCUGAUGGUGGGAGAUGAAGCGAGUGAACUGCGCUCAAUGCUGGAGGUGAACUAUCCAAUGGAGAACGGCAUCGUCAGGAACUGGGAUGAUAUGAAGCACUUAUGGGAUUACACCUUCGGCCCGGAGAAGCUCAAUAUCGAAUCGCGCAACUGCAAGAUCCUCCUCACAGAACCUCCCAUGAACCCGACCAAGAACCGCGAGAAGAUCAUAGAGGUCAUGUUUGAGACGUACCAGUUUGCAGGUGUUUACAUCGCCAUCCAGGCUGUGCUAACACUUUAUGCUCAAGGCCUUUUGACAGGAGUGGUGGUGGAUUCGGGCGAUGGAGUAACCCACAUUUGUCCCGUGUACGAGGGCUUCUCUCUGCCCCAUCUUACCAGGAGACUGGACAUUGCGGGACGAGACAUAACACGCUAUCUCAUUAAGUUGCUCUUGCUGCGAGGUUACGCCUUCAACCAUUCGGCAGACUUCGAGACGGUGCGCAUGAUGAAGGAGAAUCUCUGCUACGUGGGAUACAACAUCGAGCAGGAACAGAAGCUCGCCCUGGAGACCACCGUAUUGGUGGAGACCUACACGCUCCCUGAUGGCCGGGUCAUUAAGGUUGGAGGCGAGAGGUUCGAGGCCCCGGAGGCUCUGUUUCAGCCUCAUCUCAUUAAUGUGGAAGGAGUCGGAGUGGCCGAACUGCUCUUCAACACCAUUCACGCGGCAGACAUUGACACAAGGGCUGAGUUCUAUAAACACAUUGUUCUGUCGGGAGGAUCCACCAUGUACCCUGGUCUGCCCUCUCGACUAGAGAGGGAACUUAAGCAGCUUUAUCUAGAGCGGGUACUGAAGGGUGAUGUUGACAAGCUCUCGAAAUUCAAGAUCCGGAUCGAGGACCCUCCCCGCCGCAAGCACAUGGUGUUCCUGGGUGGAGCGGUGCUGGCUGACAUCAUGAAAGACAAGGACAACUUCUGGCUGACGCGGGAAGAGUAUCAGGAAAAGGGCGUGCGCGUUCUGGAGAAGCUCGGCGUCACCGUCAGAUAAGCACGGAUAAACGGCCCUCGACCCCUGCAUCUAUUUCGCAUCUCCUUUGUUCAGCCUGUUCUGCCAGGCAAUCAUGUCACCAGGUGUGGAUUUAUGGGUUUGAAUUAUGAAUGGUACUGAGGAGGUUUUGUAUUAUGUUUUAUUUGGUCUUCUGUCACUGCACUGACGUACGAGUGGCGGUCGCUUCAUUCCUACUUUGCAGUGCAUUUUUUUAAUGUCCCCUUCACAUAAUGUAGAAUAUAUUCAUUAUA